AUGCUCAGCCUUUACCCGAGGCUCUCGGCGAGCUCCCGCUACAGCGACGCCGACGCCGACGCCGACGGCAACGACGACGUCGCCAGGUACCGCGCCUUCUACGGCAUCGCCGUCGCCUGCGUGGCCAUCCUCCUCUUCUGCGUGCUCACCGCCACCGUCGGUCCCUGGAAGGCCGGCGCCUUCGCGGCCGCGGUGGCGUCGCUGCUGGUCGUCCUCGGCUGCUUCGCGCCCAGGACAUCAUGGGUUCGCCGCCGGACGGGGAGGCCAGUGAGUCCCGUGCUUGCUCUCACGGCUACACACCUCUUCCACGUGGAGUGCAUAGACAUGUGGCUGGACUCGCACAGGACGUGCCCAAUGUGCCGGUGUGUGAUCUCGCCGCCGCCACCGCCGAUGACAGCGAAAGCCUCGGAGCUGGAAGAGGCGCCUCAGUCGUCGGAUGAGGUGUUGCCACCGGUGUAG